AUGGAGACCCCAAUCUGCGUCCUAGACGCCAAGACACUCGUCGACCACAUUCAAGACCUCAAAAAGUGGAUCUACGACGGUCGACUACGCCUCGUCGUGCCAUCAUGCACAAUCGAACAAGUCGAGCAGCUCUACCAAAAGUCCGUAGAGCCAAAGCCGACAACACAAGAAGCCCCUCGACCUCGGACCUCGGGCAAGCCACCCAAGAAGGAACACCCCGCCUUCGACAUCAAUCCUCGUGUGGCGCGGGAAUAUCUUGGAAGGCUGAAACAUAGGAAAGACCAAGACGCUGGUUCAGAACAGCGACUGUUCUUUCAGGAAACCGAGAACCAUGAAGCUGUUUGUUUCCAACAGCCAAACGAACAUUACACGCCAUGGAAAGAUCUCGAUGUAGAAGAAGACAAACCGGAGGCUAUUGAGGGCCCUCCUACAUCAUGGGCAGAAGCGCUACGAAGGAAGCAAAACUUAGCCAAUGGAGUAUCGGAGAAGUCGGUGUCAAAAGCGCCUACGAAACCAAAGCUGGUAGCUAGAACCGCUGGGAGCGAGACAUCCCCAUGGAAGGUCAAGAAGGACGCUCCAAAGAUAUCGGCAAAGGAUGUUCCAGGAGGGUUGCGCCCAUUGAUGAGCUGUGCCCUUUGGCGCCUGCACGAGAGCAUCGAACGCAAUGAUGCCAAUCAGCUGUUCCUCCUGAGCGACCAGACUGAGACAUGUUCUGUUGCUCAGAAGCUCAACAUCAUUGCUCGUCCGCCCAAAGAAGUUGCCGCUACAAUCGCAUGCAAGACGAGCAGGACUGAUCUCGAAACCUUUGGGGACCUUGAGCAAGAAUUUGGCGUACAGCAGAAGAGUGCUACCCUUGCCACCAAAGAUGCCGAAGAGACUAGUGGAGAGAAUGGCGUUUCAGAGAAUGCAAAUGAAGAUCUGUCUAAAGAUGAGGAUGCCAUGGACAACUCGGUCUCCAGCGAAGGGACCGCAAACACUGAUGCCAGCAGCAUCGUGCAUGAGCAGGACCUUGAGAAGCAGAGUCUCGAGCGGGGUGAGAAGAAGUCCUUGGUAGAUGGCGAUCGUCGUGAGGACAAGGUCAGAGAGCAGGACCUAUUGGUGGAGACAGCCCCCACGUUGACAGCAGAACAUCUCUCAAAUAAGCCUGCCAAGAGCGUCGAAUCUAUCAAGACCCUCGUAGACAGCAUCAUCCAGCAGGAUCUCGAGAAGCACCUAGGCCAAUCAGGUACUGGCAUCAACCUCGACGGUGUCGAAAGCCAAACCAACCUAGCCAACCAGCCGGCCCCGGAACCCUCUGUAAUGCGCUCGCCGCCAGAGAGUCCCUUGCCUCAACCUCAGAGUGUGGGACCGUUUCAGCGCGUCCAGGAAGUCCAGACCAUUAGUGACACUUCUCCGUUAAAGCUCACUACUACCCACUCGACGUCAAUAUUGGAAGCCGCACAAGAGCCGGAAGAUAGCGAUGAAGAGGUAGUUGUCUUCAUACCCCAGCCGAAGCGCCUCUCUGCCCAACAGAAACCUCCCCAGCAAAGUUCACGACCUUCGACACCAAAGGAACAAUCUCAGCAGAAGCCUGCCGGGCAGAGUCCACAGAAAUCGUUGGUCAAACCUCAACCGAAAGGGAAAGCAGCGAGACACAGUCCAAAUCCAUCAACUGUUGGCCAGGCUCAUCAGCAACCUGUCAAUUCUCCUACAGUCAUUGACCCGGAUGCUUUUGGGCGAGACUUUCGCGUCAGUCUCAAUCCAAGCCCUCGACCUCCACACAAUCCCAAUGGCCAUUCUAAUCAUCGAAACCGAGCCCAUAUCCAAAACACUCAAACAGGCCAGGUACCUCGCAAUUUACCUCGGCAGCCUGCCCGUACGAGCCCACCGCAUAAUGCUCCCCAAGAGAGUUCACGACGUCUAACUCCUAUUCAUGGGCCGGCACUGAAAGAUGCUCCAAAUCAUCGACGUCAAGCAUCACGUACAAGUCCUCGAAGAGCCCCAGCUCCCAAGGCUGAAGAAGUGAUGCUUACAGUUGUUGAGUCUGGAACUCCCACGGCAGCAGGACUCUCGAAGUCACACUUUCCUGAGUCUCGAAUAACAGAGCCUACGGACCUUGUUCCUCAGACCAUCUUUUCAACAGCACAGUUCGAAACCAACGAAUUUCAGCCUGGUGUCUAUGAACCCACAGACUGUGUGCCCAGGUCUGCCUUGCCAAACGCCCAAUUGAAGCCCAAUGGCCCCCAACCCAGAGUCUAUGAGGCGAGUGAGUUCGUGUCCAGACCGCCAAGGCCAGUGCGAGAGUCCAAGCCCCGAGCACCAAGGCCCAAAGUCUUCGAGGCCGCUGAAUUUGUGCCAAGGGACUUCGUGCCUAGGACGACCAUGCCUCGAACUCAGCCCAAACAGUCUUCGCCAGAGCCUGAAUCUAUCGAGCCAAGACCGUCCAUCAACGAUGUGGACUACGUGUUGAAGUCGGGAUCAACCAGAGCAUCGGCACGUGGCAGAGGACGACUGUGGACACCUUCGUAA